AUCUGAAAUUUGAAAAUGGGACCUCCGGGAUUCUCGCCGCGUGGCGGUCGUGGGGGUGGUGGACGCGGGGCUGGCGGACGCGGGGGUGGUGGAUUCGGCGGUCGUGGGGGUGGCGGCGGUUUUUCACCGCGGGGCGGCCGGGGCGGUGGUCGAGGGGGAUUUGGUGAUCGUGGGGGUGGACGCGGUGGAGGAUUCUCUCCUCGCGGGCGAGGUGGGCCUAGGGGUGCGCCCCGUGGACGCGGAGGUCCUCGCGGAGGGGGACGAGGAGGGCCCCGAGCUGUUGUGGUCGAGCCCCAUCGUCACGGUGGCGUAUUCAUCGCCCGGGGAAAAGAGGAUGCCCUGGUCACGUUGAAUUUGGUGCCUGGUGAGGCGGUGUACGGCGAGAAACGGAUCUCGGUCGAGGAGGGCGAUAAGGGCAAGAUUGAAUACAGAGUCUGGAAUCCUUUCCGCUCCAAGUUAGCCGCAUGCAUUUUGGGCGGCGUGGACGGCAUUCACAUCGCACCCGGAUCGAAAGUGUUAUAUUUGGGCGCUGCCUCGGGCACCAGUGUUUCCCACGUAUCGGACGUGGUGGGACCGGAAGGUAUGGUUUAUGCCGUCGAAUUCUCGCACAGAUCUGGCCGUGAUCUGAUUAAUAUGGCCAAGAAGCGCACUAACGUUGUUCCGAUCAUUGAGGAUGCUCGUCAUCCUCACAAAUAUCGUAUGUUAGUACCCAUGGUAGACACCAUUUUCGCGGAUGUGGCUCAACCCGACCAGGCUCGGAUUGUUGCGAUCAAUGCCCAGUAUUUCCUCAAGAACGAGGGCCAUUUCGUGAUCUCAAUCAAGGCUAACUGUAUCGAUUCCACGGCGGAGGCUGAAGCUGUGUUUGCCGGCGAGGUCAAGAAGAUGCGCGGUGAACGCAUGAAGCCUCUCGAACAGGUUACCCUCGAGCCUUAUGAGCGUGACCACGCCGUCGUGGUGGGAGUUUACCGACCGCCCGAAUAACUGCGAUGGCUCGAAAUUCAUGCUUAACUUGUAACUACGUGUACCAAUGAAUAAUGAAUGAUCCCAAUGAAUUUGGUUGGGGAAACGAUAUGUGUCUGUAUGAAAGUAAAUUACAUACAAAUUGAA